GGAGCAGGCCCGGGGGCCGGUAGUUUAGGUCAGGCGCGGGCAGGGGCAGCCCCACCGGAUACAGGGGGGUCCUGGCUGGGUGGGCAUCGGAAACAGGAAGGCGAAGCAGGCGAGGGAGGAGAGAGAGAGAGAGAGAGAGAGAGAGACAGAGACAAGAUGUCUGAAGUCACAGCAGAGAAGCGUCCCCUGGCUGAGCCGCUCCCGCAGGAGAUCCCAGUGCGGCCUGCGCUCCCUGCCAAGCAGGAGGCUGCCCCGGCCCGGACACGGUGCCCCAGCUCUGACCCAGAGCCCAUCUGCAUUGAGGACGAACCCGCCCGGCCCAGCCCCGAGGGGAAGGUUAAGGCCUCUUCCAGCAACAGCCCCGUCUAUCGCCUGGGUUCCAACCAGUGCUUCCACUGCCUGAUCACCUUCCCGGACGAGAAGUUCAAGGAGCGGCACAUGAAGCGGGAGCACCCCGAGGACUUUGUGCAGGAGAAUCUGCGCGAUGCCCUCUUCGUCUGCUUCAUCUGCAGCAAGCCCUUCGAGAGCUCCCGCGCCCUCAUCUGCCACCAGCGCGGGCAUGCCCCCGCCCCGCCCCCCGACUGCCCCGACUGCCUGCGCCCCGCCUACGAGUGCCCCGACUGCGGCCGCCGCUUCGGCCAGCUGGCCAACUACCAGCGCCACCGGCUGGGUCACGCCGCCGGCCGCAGCCUGCCCCACCAGUGCCCCGACUGCGGCAAGAGCUUCCGCCAGCUCUCCAACCUCCGCCGCCACCAGGCCUCCCACCAGCGCCCCCUGGAGCUGCUGCCCUCCCGCCCCUACUCCUGCACUGAGUGCGGCGAGAGCUUUGCCCAGGAGGCCGGCCUGCACGAACACUACAUCCGGCACGCCCGCGGCGAGCUCUAGCGCCGCGGCCUGGGGGCUCUGGCACCGCCCCAGGAGCUCUCCGGCCCCCGUGGGGAGAGCUGGAGCUGCAGCAGAAUGCCCCCCUCUUCUGCCACCGAGCCCUCUCCCGUCAGCUCCGGGCACUGGGACAGCAGGCGCCACCUGGCAGGAAGUCGAGCUAGAAUGGGACUGGAAGGACAUUGACGGGACUAGAGGGCACCAGCUCCUCUCCGGCCCCAAGGCGGGGGACUGGCUGGCUCGGGAGGUUGGGGAAUGGGGCAGGGGCCUGUCCCCUCUAGGGCGCGCGGGCUCCUCUCCGGCCCCAAGGCGGGGGAUUGGCUGGCUCAGGGGGCUGCCAUCUGAAACCCCCCAAUCCCCCUGUGUCCGUCACGCACCCCCCCAGCAUCUCUCUCCACACCCUGCUCUUCCUCCCAUAAACCACCUUGCGCCUCCCCUGCAGCCAAGCACCGAGUGCUCCACAGCACCGGCCGUCACCCCCUAGUCGGGGUGGGGGCUGCAGUGCCCCGCACUGGAGUCCCGGCGGGAGAGGACCUAACCUGAACACGUCCUCUGUUUGUUUGGGGCAGGGGGGAGCUUUCCAGAGCCCGUGUGUCCGGUCCCUGCAGCGUGGCCUGAUCUCUGACUUCCCCCGAGCGUAGCUGGGCCCAGUAAAGCCGUGUCAGCGCGGGGGCUAGAGUUAUCCCAGUGCAGCGCCUGGCACGGAGGCACUUACUCCAGUACGAAGGGCUCUUGUACCAGUCUGCCCCUGCAGGAUGGGCACUGAGCCACCAUAAACGGGUACAACUGCCCAGUGCUGCAGGGGUCACAGACCCGAUCCCAGGGUGGGGGUUGGCUUCACUGCUUCGGGGCAGAGCUGGGCAGCCAUGGGCAGGAAGCUUUUGGGGGCAGUUCGGAGCGGAAGGGGGAGAUGUGGGAUGGUGAGGCAGCUGGGCUCCCAUACAGGCUGCGGGGCCGUGCCAGGACACUGGGAGCAGGAGUCGGUCCUAUUUUUCAUAUGGAAACAAUAAAGAGUUGGAAGCUGAGCACAGGACGGGUUGUCUGUCUCCUGGGGUGGGCUGGCCGCUGGGCAGGGGAAGGCUACAAGGAGCCAUGGGCAUGUAGCCCCAGGGCUGGGGGGAUUGGAAAGGCUCUGCCUUCAGCUGCCAGGGAUGUGUGGGACCUACAAAGCCUGAUUUCACAAUCAGAGGAAGGGGAAUGGGCCAGGGGGCACUGGCUGCAGGGUGGGGGGCUGGGCUGCAGCGAGAACUUGAGGCCUCUAGUUAGCUGUGAGCUCUGCCCCACAGUGAGGCGGUUGUGACACGGGCACCAGGACCCCAUUCAGCUGAUCAGUGGUGGUGGGACAAUGGCCUCAGCUGCUGAGGGAUGGGGGGUGGUCCAGGACCCAGCUCCACUUCCUGUUGCAAUCUGCUCCCUGCCCCCCCCCCCGCCAUCUCAACUGCAGCUAAUCAAAAUGUUCCAUCAGGCCCAGCCUUGCCCCCCACCCCUGUGGAUGCCCCUCAUUCCCAACCCACAGCCAGCUCAGCCAGUGCCCCUCCAAUUGACCCACCUUUAGCCCCCCCAAAAAAUCUCGGGGUGGUUUGUUUUCCGUUCUUGACUUUGUACCAAUCCCAGGUUUGGUCUCAUUGCCUCUGCUGCGCUGCCCGGCCCAUGGGGCUGAAACUGUCCCCCCCAAUCCGGGGGACCUGUGGGCUGCGACUCCAGCUUCUCCCACCCCGCAUGUCGCUGGAGCUGCAGCCCCAGGGCUCUGGUGCUCCCAGACCAUGUGUGGACAGGCCCUGGGCCCCUCCGUAACCAUGAGGGAGGGUUUCAUGGCUUGGUCACUGCACCCGGUCCCGCUG